AUGCCGUACGACCUGCUGGCGCACGUCAAGGCGGCCAAGGACGCCGGCAAGGCCGCCGCCGCCGCCCGCGUCCCGACGUUCGCGCCGCCUGCCGUCGGCCUGCUCGCGCCUGUCUCCCUCGCGCCAGUCACCUCCAAGCCCAAGCCGACGACGCCGCGCCCCAUCGACGAGCUGGCCCGCGCAUUGUCCAACACGCACUUUGAGCUCUCGCCCGCGCCGUCCCCGCGCCAGCGCGGAGCCGCCGCCGCCACUGCGACCACUGCAUCCGCCCCGGUCCCAGUGAGAUUGCCGUCCGACCGCUCAGUCCCAGGCCUCACGUACGCUGCCAGCGCGGGCUCGGACGACUCGGUCCAGACUGUGCCCGACGAGCUUGACACCGCCGACAUUGAGAUUGAGAUUGUUGCCGCCGACUCCGCCCCCGCGCCCGCCCCGCUCAUCGACCCAUUGUUGCUCGCGGCGUACCGCAAGGGCGUGUACACGUUCACCAAGGGGAGAUACGACGCCGUCAAGCGCCGCGAGGCGUGGGUCGCGGGCACAGCGACACAGGCGUAG